AUGCAGGCGUGCGGCGGCGGCGCGGCGGGGCGCCGGGCUUUUGACAGCAUCUGCCCCAACAGGAUGCUGGAGCUGCCCGGCCGGCCCCUCGGCAAAGCCGGGAGACUGGAGAGAAAGUUCGCGCCUCCUCGGAAGCUCUUCCCGGGGUGCGGCGCCGACGGCGCGGUGUCGGUGCCGGUGUUCCAGGACCCCCCGGGCGCGGAGCCCGCAGCGCUGCCAGCGCUCACCACCAUAGACCUGCAGGACCUCGCCGACUGCUCCGCGCUCCUCGGGCCCGACGCGCCGCCUAGUGGUGACUCGGCAGCCUCGCAGAACCAGUGCCUGCCAACCGCCGCGGACUUCGAUCUGCAGGAUUUCAGAGACACGGUGGAUGAUCUCAUAGCAAACUCAUCGUCUUUGAUGUCGCCUCCCUUGGCCGGCGGAGACAUCCCCUUCUCUCCAUGCGACAUAUUGCCCUUUGGGCACUGUCUCUCCCCGCAUCUGGAACCUUCGGCUGUGCAGUCACCGCCCCCGCGCCCUCCCGACGUGCCCGCGCCGGAGCAGUACUGGAAGGAGGUGGCCGACCACAACCAGAGAGCUUUGGGGGACGCCCUCGUGGAGAAUAACCAACUGCACGUGACGCUGACUCAGAAACAGGAGGAGAUCGCCUCGCUCAAGGAGCGCAACGUGCAGCUCAAGGAGCUCGCCAGCCGCACCCGGCACUUGGCCUCGGUGCUGGACAAGCUGAUGAUCACGCAGUCCCGGGAGUGCGGAGCGGCGGCCCAGCCCGUCCUGCUCAAGGCGACGGCCAAGCGGAGCCUGGAGGAGCUGUUCAGCGCGGCGGGUCAGGACGGCGCGGAGGUGGACGCCAUCCUGAGGGAGAUUUCUGAGCGUUGCGAUGAAGCCCUGCAGAGAAGCGAUUCCAAGCGACUCCGGCUCCAGCCCGAGCCCGGGAGCAAGGACUGCAGGCCUGGGAAUCUGCACGGCGCUUUCCGCGGGCUGCGCACGGACUGCAGCCGGAGCGCGCUGAACCUGAGCCACAGCGAGCUGGAGGAGGGCGGCUCCUUCAGCACCCCCAUCCGCAGCCACAGCACCAUCCGAACCCUCGCCUUCCCCCAGGGCAAUGCCUUCACCAUCCGGACAGCCAGCGGGGGUUACAAAUUCCGCUGGGUCCCCAGCUGAACUGGGCCGUGGGUCUCCCAAACACUGCCCUGUAUCUUGACUGAAGUGCCUGGCGACUAAGCGCGGGGUAGCGAAACUCCUUCCUGAGUCUGGCUUCUCAGAACUCCCCCAGCAGGGCUUUGCACCCUAAAAGUAAU